AUUGCAAAAUAUGACAUAGCAUUACAUUUCCCUAUUCCGAGACAAGCCAUAAUAUACAGAUAAAGAACAUUGCCUUACGCAGUGUUUGCAGCCACAUUUUAAUAACAAACAAAAUCAUUUCAAGAAGUUUUUAAUAUUCUUUUGUAAAUUCAAGGUGUUUAAGUUGCGUAGCCGGGGAUAUUGUCGCGGUUUCCUUUGUAGGGACGUUUGUUUACCAAACAAAAGUAUUGUCCUUUACUCAAAUGUGACUGAAGAAUUUCAAAUGACAUGAACAAAAACUCACAAACAUACGUAAAGAUUCACAUUGCAUACGAUUGUAAAUAAAUAAACAAAAGUGUUAUACAUCGUGCUUCAUUUUAUGGAGAUUCAUAAGGUAUAAAGAAGAUAGUAUUCUGAUUUUUUUUACCUAGAAUGAGCGCGUAUAAUUGGCAAAAAAAUUACAGCUAAUUUACGAUUUUGUUUAUAAUUAGGUUUUGAGUACCUAGAGCCUAAACCUAAUGCUCUUUCCUAUUUCCUCUAUAAAAAUGAUUGUGGUAAGACAUACUUUGUAACAUAAAAAAAACUGGCCAUAGGCCAAGGUCAUGUCAUCUACGGCAAUAUGAUGUAUGGCUUGGCGCAUUGUAAUUAGACCUUUACUACCCGCCUUUUGUGCCCUAUAAAUUAAAUGUUUUAUAUGUAUAAAAUUAGUUUCUGCUUGCAAACUCAGCCUGCGUAAAAAAAAAUUCCUGGGUAAAAAGUAACACUCGGGAGGAAUCUAGUUUCCUACUUCUAUUACUGAAAAAAAAACAUAACGGUAAAAAAUUCAUAACGGUAACAGAAACAAACAAACUUUCAGCACAUACAUAUUUAUGUAAAGUUUUUGUCUAAAUCUUAAUUAACAUACGCAGCAUCGUGUCUUUUUCCCUUUUCAGGGGAAGGCAGGGGUGAAACAUCCCCACAUUUAGCCAAUUAUAUUAGGUCCAAGUAAUAGGGGGCUACUGUCAUUUACUGGGCACAUUUCCAGACUUAGGGCUUACACAAAGUUGAAAAACACAAUGUUAUUCCUCGAAACGAGAUUCGACUACGAGAUUUAAGUGCGAUUGUGGUAAUGCGCACGCAAUUCAUCUUACCUACCAAGGCAGUCAAAAAUUUCAUAAAAAAAAGUAGAAAUACUCUUUGUCUUAUCUCUUUAAAGUCGGUAGGCGAGGUAUUUAUGAUUUUCCAUAAAACUGAAAUAGCUUCCACUGUUGAGAAAUAGUUCAGAGUUCUUUACAAUUUCUAAUUAUCUUACAUUUUAUAGUAAUAUGUUUAAACUUUUAUAUAGUUUUGACUGACGUUGUCAUAAUUAUUAUGUAUCUUGUGAGGUCCAGUAUUAGAAAAUAAUAUUACUAUUAUGUGAAACUCUUGAGAUCCAUUUUAUAAAAUUCGUGAAUUUUUUGUUGAUGAAACGUGAUUUAUCUGGGAAUAUAAAUGGUGCAGUUUAGGGCGAUAUGUUCAAAUACUACUAUAAAGUAAUUUUAAUAGUCUCAGCGAAGUGAAGAUGCACUACACGCACUUCACUUGGUGCUUUCAACUUUGAGUUUAAUAUGUUACAUACAAAUUUAAAAAUGGCUCCCUUUGAUUAAAAUAUGGGACACACCGUAUAAAGUACAUUAUCGUGAUUGGGCCUUCAUGAAUGAUGCAGUGCGUCCGUGGUUGCAGUGGCAGGCGGUUUGUUAGCACAGUUGCAGUUAUUAAGAUUGUGUCAUUAUUUUCGCCGUUGCAUGCGUCUGUGUCGCGGGCCCAGCGCGGAUUCGAAUAGUUUUUUUUUUAAAUAUAAAGGCGGAAGGUCGGGUGAUGGGUCGACGGUUUGUGCUAACACUGGUGAUCGGGAUAUCUGCUGGAUUUAGUUUCGCGUACAUAUUAUUAACAUCUACAGGAUUCACGCGAGAUGUCGCUUGGCCGGCGUACAGGGACUCAGUGCGGGACCUAGACAAACACCCGAUCGUGAGCGUGGUGGAACAUGGAAGCGACGAGCCGGCGCACAAAGACGAGGAUCGGUCGGUUGCGGACGAGCUGUCGAGGCGGGUGCGGGUUCUCUGCUGGGUGAUGACGCAGCCCAACAAUCACGAGAAAAAGGCUAAGCACGUCAAAGCCACGUGGGGCAAGAGAUGCAAUAAGCUGCUGUUCAUGAGCAGUGUUGAAGACAGCAGCCUCCCGUCAGUGAAACUGCCUGUGAGCGAGGGACGGGAUUACCUGUGGGCCAAGACGAAGGCGGCGUUUCGAUACGUCUACGAGCACCAUCGGCGAGAGGCGGACUGGUUCCUCAAAGCGGAUGACGACACGUACGUGGUGGUGGAGAACUUGCGGUAUAUGUUGGCUGACUACAACAGCGACGACCCCAUAUACUUUGGGUGCAGGUUCAAACCUUUCACUCAGCAGGGCUACAUGAGCGGCGGCGCGGGGUACGUGCUGAGCCGCGCGGCGCUGGAGCGGUUCGUGACGGCGGCGCUGCCCGCGCCCACGCUCUGCAAGGCCAGCGACCACGGCGCCGAGGACGCGGAGAUGGGCAAAUGUCUAGCCAACAUCGGUGUGAAGGCGAUGGAUUCGCGCGACUCGAUGCACCGCGGCCGUUUCUUCCCGUUCGUACCGCAGGAUCAUCUGUUCCCGAACAAGGACAAGGGAUUCUGGUAUUGGAGCUACAUCUACUAUCCUAGUGACGAGGGUCUCGACUGCUGUUCAGACCACGCGGUGUCUUUCCACUACGUGAACCCCGAACAGAUGUACGUGCUGGACUACUUGAUAUACCAUCUUCGACCUUACGGCAUACGGUAUGGGAGCGGCGACCUGCCCAAAAUACUUCGCAAUAGCACCAGAGAGUUGGAACAUCAGUAAAUAUGCACUUGAUUAAUGCUGAGAGAAUUUGGUAGUUAUUAUUCGAGUUUAAAAAUAAGUUCAAACGUUUCAUAUAAAGAUCAGGAUAUGUUGGUUUAGCCAAGGUUAAGCCGAAAAAAAAUUUUUUUUUUCUGUAAAGAAUAUGUUUCUUAUACUCCAUAAAUUAUUGCAGAAUAUCAUGCAAUAGCAUUUUAUUAAAUAUUUAAAACAACACUAAGUUUUCUCAGCAGGUCGAGUGUGGAUUAAAAACAUUGUAACAAAAAGUAUUGCAAAUAACAUUCCAAAUGUGAUUGAGACUUGAUUUUAUAAUUUAUAGCCAAAUUCGGUCAAUAAACUAAGCUGUGCAGUUAGCAAAAUUUUGCUUUUGAACAAUGUUAUUGUAUGGAUGUUGUAGAUUCAAUUCUAAGUUUUAUCGAUUUAAGUAGGAAUAAGCAUAAUCGGAAUCUCAAAUAAGUAUAUUGGUCUCCUACUUAAAAAAAAUCUCAUACGUAUCAGAAAAAAUAUUGAUAAUAGUUUUUGAUCGAAUUUGGUAAUACUGAAAUUCAAAAGACCAGUAAAAUUACAGUGAAAUUUUGUAUAAAUAUGUGAACGAAAACAUUCUUGUAUAUUUGUAAAUCGUCAUAGUAUAGACGUAGCAUAAUAAUGAAGUGAGAAAUAUAAUAUAUACUGCGUAAUAUGUAGCUAUUAUAUUGAUUUUAAUUAUCAAUAAUUGUAUAUCGAUUGUCGAUUCAAGUAUCGAUAAUUGUUUUUAUCGAUUAUAAUCAAUUGUCGAUGCUAUUUGUGUAAAUACAGAUAGCCAUAACUUUAUGUCGUACCAUACAUUAUAACAUAAAUAAUUUUGUACUAGAACUUACCAUUGUUACAUGUGUUUUAAAUGCGAACAGAUUACAGUAUUGUGAAAAUACCUAACAGUUAAAUACGACAGUUUUUUAUAUCGAUAAAAAAUACCUUAAUUUACAGUUAUCGAAUAGUGAUAACAAAAUAUGUCGAUAUUUUUACUAUGUUAAGAAAAAGUCGAAAUGUGAAGUUAUGGUUUGCCUGAAGAUGCUAUAAUUUUGCGCAUUUAAGCGUUUUAGUGUAAGAGUUAUUAAUCUUGCCAUUUGUAAGUCGAUCGUAAAUUGUAAACAAAAGUUUCUUAGAGAAGAUUUUUAUUGUCUACUGAUUUAAGACAAAAUCUUUUGAUAUUUAUAAAGGUAUCGCCAGUUGUUGAUCAUAAAUCAACAUUUUUUCAUUGAAUCACGGAAUAAAAUUCAUUUUUGCUAUAUUUUUCUCAUACUAUUUUUAUAUAGAUAUAGAGAUAAUUUGUAUAUAGCCAUUUUGUCAGAAGUUUGUUUGAGAGAGAUGACCAUAUCGACCGCGGUGGUUGUUAAAGUAUCAGUAAAAUACCGAACGCUUUCUUAAAUGUUUUCUAGGUGGUGUUGAUAAUUUCAAAUCAAGGUCACAAUUUAAUAUAAUAACAAUAAUAAUAAUAAUUUGCGGUCGACCAUUAUUGUUAAAAGAGCAUAAUAUAUUAUUAUUUAUAAAAUACUAUAUCAUGUCAUCAGGGUCAGUGCAUUUACAUAGAACACGUGCUUUUAGACUUAUUUAAUUUAUUGUAAGAGUUCGCGAAUCGUGUAAAAACAUGCUAAAUAUACCAAAUUAGUUUAAGGUAGAUAGUGGAUUUUUUAGGCAAUGAAUCGAUUUUUUUCCUUUAUAGUUAAAAAACUAUGAAAAACAAAGCUUUUGGCAGUCAAACAUUUGUGGUGGAUUUAAUAAUUAUUUAAAUUUAGUUUCAUUCGAUUCGAAUAUUUUCAGUCAAAUGUCUCGUACUGCUUUUUAGGUAUUAUGACAGAUAUCCCUAAAAAUUGGGAAAUUUAGAAAAUUCCUUAAUUUUGUACAGUGAGCCUAGACCCUAUCUAUUCGAAUGGUGAUACAUUACCUUAAAAAUUUACUAUUUAAAUACUGUGUUAAAUUUAUCUCCAAAUUCAUCGAAUAAAAGAAUUAAUGACAUAAAAGUAAAUUGGAUCUCAUAUAAAUAAUAUUAUGUGGAUACCUCCACUGUUAAUAAUAUGUUUAGGGAGCAUUCAGAUAUUAUCGAUUCGAGGAUGUUUUUCGAAAAGCUGUUUUCUGCUUUUAUCACAAAUUGAUGUCUAGCGCAAUUUUAAAAACUAGUCUUCACGAAUAGAACUUGAGUGCGAAAUCGAUUUAUUAUAAUUUUUCUAAUCGAUAUGUAAUCGGAGCGAAAUCAGGCUUUGGUAUAAAAAUAGCCACCUUGAAGUUGGACCUCUUUAAAAUAAAAUAAUAUUAAACUCAUCACAGUCAGGAAAUACCUAUUAAUCUUUUAAGAGUGUAAUCGAUAAACACCCCCAAAAUCGAUAAUGUUCUCAAGUUCAGAAUACGCUAUGAUAAUCUUGGAAUCGUUUUAAUGAAGCGAAUACCCGCACGCAAUGAUUAUGUACGGGACAUCUCUUAUUGAUAGCAAUGAUAGAUUGUUUUUGAUAAUAGACACCUUUUGCUAUUUGCUAAACUUAUGUGAUAAAUGAUAAUGAGUACGCGUUAGCCGUCGCUCGGGUCUCUAGACGCACUGAAUGUAAAAAUUGAUUUUUAGAUAAAAUCGAUGCGCCACGCCAACUUGCUAACGCGGCAAUCAUUUUUAUGUAUGGCGAGCCCAUACAGAUUACGUCACAUGUUAACCAAAGAUUUUUGAUAGCCAGUAAGUUUUGUGAUGGCACUAAAGUAGUUUUAUCACGAGUUACCAUACGUAGGCGAUAUAUUUAUAUGGAUAUUUUAUAGAAUACGUGUGUCAUUGUAUGUUUUAAGUUUUAUCUAGUGUGUUUUUGAAUGUCUGAUUUUUUAUUCGACGGAUAAUUUUUAUCGCCGCGGACUAACUUUGUAAUUUUAACAGUUUCUUGUAGGAAAAGUGUCAGUUAUUAUUUGGAUCAAAAUUAUCUGGGGCUUAAAAAAUCAGACGCAUGUUAUAUUACAAAUUUAAUUUAAAUUCUGGCGCGGAUUAGUUUCUUUUAUGGUUUGAAUUAUAUUUCAAUACUGAAAAUAAGUUCCUAUUUGACAGCCGUGGUUGUCAACUUUGAAAAGAAAUCGAGGAUAAGUAUCCUGCUGAAAAGUUUGUGGGCUAUAACUAUAUUUGGGUUUAGGUUUUGUGCCAGAGUUCCUCGUAGUUCCUGAUACAACACAUUGUGUCAGGACUGUUUUAUUUAUUUAUAGUUUAAUCCGAAAUAUAUGUCCCAGUGUAAAAAUGCUCCAGUGUACAAGAGCCAUAAUAAGAAUGUCAUUUUCGUAGAAUUUUUUCGCUUUAUGGUUUUGCUCAAUUUCUUUUAUUAUUUAUGAUUUAAUAAAGACUUUGUGAAAUAAA